UGCUCGACCGGGGAUCGCGCCAUGAGUCAGUUCGGCUUUGGCGCGGCCGGAGGGGGUUUCAGCUUCGGGACGCCGAAGACGGCGGCCGGCGGCGGCGGCGGCAGCACCAGCAGUAGUAGCAGCGCGGCCCCCGCGGGCUUCUCCUUCUCCUCGGCCAUCUCGGCCGCGGGAGGGGGCGGCGGCGGCGGCGGCGGGAGCUCCUUCGGCUUCGGCUCUCCCGCCCCGAACGCCGGGAGCGCCCAGCCCGCAGCCGGGCUGUUCUCCUUCGCGACGCCUGCGACCUCCACGCAGGCCUCCGGAUUCAGCUUCGGGAUGCCCCCCGCCUCGUCCGCGGCGGCGGCGGCGGCUCCUCCUCCCGCAGGGGGCGUUUUCGCGCUGGGGGGCAACACACCCAAGCUGAGCCUGGGGGGCUCCGGCACGACGCCGGCUCCUGCCGUGGCCGGAGGCUUCGGACUGGCCGCCUCCGCGGCGAACAGCAGUGUGCCGGGCAGCCAGGCGGGGGCGCCUGCGGGGUUCAUGUUCGGCUCGGCCACGACGACGUCGCAGCCUGCCGCCGCCGGAGGGUUUAGCUUUGGAGGGGCGGCCCAGACGGGAGCCCCGAACUUCAGCCUUGGCUCGCUGGGGAGCGCGGCGUUGCCAGCCGUGUCUACCGGGCUGACGUUCGGAGUUGCUCCAGCCUCCACUGGCGCCGCUGCAACCACAGCAGCUGCAACGCAGGCAUCCACAGCUUUCAGCCUCGGGACCCCAUCAGCCGGUUCAGGCUUUGGAUUAUUGGCCCCGGCAGCUGCCGCUUCUACCACCGCCACGGGGACCCCGAGCCAGGGGCCAGCCUUGUCCUUCAGUGCUAAACUUGGAGGUACAACCGCCACCUCUAUGGCAGCUGCUACUACGACUUCAGCUUCCCUCCUCGGCCUGUCAGGGCCCACGCUGUUUGCAUCUGUGGCGGGCUCCUCAGCUCCAGCUGCCUGUACUGCCACUAGCCUUUCAUUGGGUACCCCCUCAACAGGGGCAGCCCCCAUUGGAACAUUGGGAUUUGGCUCAAAAAUGCCUGGAGUGACAGCAGUGACCGCUGCCCCACCAACAGCUGGGACUGCCUCCGUGCCUGGUGCGGGAUUCACCUUGAACCUGAAGCCCCUUGCCACAACAAACACGGCUGCUUCCACCUCCGCUGCAGCCACCACAGCUGUCACGGCUCCCCCCGUGAUGACCUAUGCCCAGCUGGAAAGCCUGAUUAACAAGUGGAGCCUGGAGCUGGAGGACCAGGAGAAGCACUUCCUUCAGCAGGCCACCCAGGUCAACGCCUGGGACAGGACGCUGGUGGAAAACGGGGAGAAGAUCACAGCCUUGCAUAGAGAAGUGGAGAAAGUGAAGCUGGAUCAAAAGAGACUGGACCAAGAGCUGGACUUCAUUCUGUCUCAGCAAAAGGAGCUGGAAGACUUGUUGAUCCCACUGGAGGAAUCUGUGAAGGAGCAGAGUGGGACAAUCUACUUGCAGCAUGCGGAUGAGGAGCGAGAAAAGACAUAUAAGCUGGCAGAGAACAUUGAUGCCCAGCUGAAGCGCAUGGCCCAAGACUUGAAAGAUAUCAUUGAGCACCUGAAUACCUCUGGGGGCCCUGCGGACAAUAGUGACCCUCUUCAGCAGAUCUGCAAAAUUCUGAAUGCGCACAUGGACUCUUUGCAGUGGAUCGAUCAGAACUCAGCGCUGCUGCAGAGGAAAGUGGAGGAGAUGACAAAGGUCUGCGAGAGCCGGCGGAAGGAGCAGGAGCGCAGCUUCCGCAUCACCUUCGACUGAGCGGCCGCCCCCCCCCCCGCUUCUUUUUGUACCCUGCAAUAAAGUGCUUUCUGC